AGCAGCACUGCAUCCGCGAAUGGUCUUCUGCUUGCCGGGCCGCAAAAAGGAAGAUUUCGUGACUUCUCGGCACCCGUACCUAGCGGAGCGGUGUGGUCAAGAUUUGCGCGACGUCCGCUGUCCUGCCGGAAGUGGGAAGAGGUGGAGAUAAUGUGGUUGCGCUCGCCAGUGGACCUGCCCGGCUUGGGUAACCUGAGGGCUGGGGUCUAAUUGUCGCUAAAGUUUAAAGGCUCCGAGGUGCGCGGGUGGAUAUAAUUCCCAGCUUUGCGAGAAGAGGCAGAGCGCGCGCGGAGGUACGUUUUUAGUGUGUAUCCUGUGCCUUACCUGAUUGAGGGCUCUGAGCCCACUUCUGUGGUCUUCAACUUAAUCGGACAGACACCAUGGAGGCACCUCCAGUCACCAUGAUGCCUGUCACUGGGGGCACCAUUAACAUGAUGGAGUACCUGCUUCAAGGAAGUGUUUUAGAUCACAGCUUGGAAAGCCUCAUCCACCGCCUUCGUGGUUUGUGUGACAACAUGGAACCUGAGACUUUCCUUGACCAUGAGAUGGUAUUCCUCCUUAAGGGCCAGCAGGCCAGCCCAUUUGUUCUCAGAGGCCGGCGCUCUAUGGAUAGGACAGGGGCGCCCUGGCACCUGCGCUACCUGGGACAGCCAGAAAUGGGAGACAAGAACCGCCAUGCACUGGUGCGAAACUGUGUGGACAUUGCUACAUCUGAGAACCUUACCGACUUCCUGAUGGAAAUGGGUUUCCGCAUGGACCAUGAGUUUGUUGCCAAGGGACACUUGUUCCGUAAGGGCAUCAUGAAGAUUAUGGUGUACAAGAUUUUCCGCAUCCUGGUGCCAGGGAACACAGACAGUAUUGAGGCCUUGUCACUCUCCUAUCUUGUGGAACUAAGUGUUGUUGCACCAGCCGGGCAGGACAUGGUCUCUGAUGACAUGAGGAACUUUGCUGAGCAGCUGAAACCUCUGGUUCACCUAGAGAAGAUAGACCCCAAAAGGCUUAUGUGACUAAGGGGCUGUCCAAUGGGGCCUGUAUUCACCUGUCACAAAAAAGAAGGCGUUAUAAAUGUCCCACGCCCCCACUACUAGCCAGGCAGGAAGGACAGUGAGUAGUUGGUUCUUUGUCCUGGUUUCUUCCUAUGGUGAUACCACUUUUGUAACAGCCUUUUUAAAUGAAAGGCUCAGGAUUACACAAGAGUCUAUCUAAUCCCUCCCCCGUAAAGAGGGGAAACUGGAAUAAAUUAGCUGUUGGAGAGAAAAAUCUCUUAAAUCUUUUUGCCAUUUGUGUAAAAAGUUUGUAACAUAGAGGCUGUGAGUUUGUAUUGUAUGGUAAUAAAGUCUAUGAAGAGAAAUGUCUGUGUAACUCUAAUUCUGAUUCUUUUCUUUGUUACCUAUUUUUAAUUUUGAUAGAGGUGAUAGUUUUUACCUUUCGUAAAAGUAGUACAUGUUUGUUGUUGGAAAUUUUUUAAAUAGAGACCAACAAAAAUAAUUAAAAAUUAUCUAUAAUCCUGUUAACCAA